UUCUAUUUCUUAACUCCAGAUUUCCAGUUUAGAAUUGCAGGAAAAAAAGACAAAAAGAAAAAAAUAAAGGGGAAAGUUUUCAACUCGUUAAAUUCCGAAAUCCCAUUUUACUAUCCUGCAAAAUUUUCUUAGAAAAUGUCUUUGAGACACCGUCAUCUCAGGAAAUUCUCAAGCUUUUUGCCCCAUUUAUCCUCAGGCUAUCAUUAUCAGCCGUCUAGACGAUUACUCAACUCAGUAGCUUCCUCAUCGAGUCAUUUGCUUCAGCAAUGCAAUGGAAUUGACACUAGAUCUUCCGAGAGGUUUUCAGUCUCUUUCAGGCAUUCAACAACUUCACAACUAUCUCAAGUUUCUCUUUCUGAAACCCAAUUAUUGUCUUUCCUUAAAUCUGCUCUUGAUCAGCUUCAAGGUCCAAACCAUUGCUGGUUGAAUAAAGUUGAUGAAAACAAAGAAUUUUUGAAGAAGGACGGGACUUUUAUAGUUGUUGCUGGAAGAUUCUUUCAGAAUUCAGAGAAAGUAGGAUGCAAUCCAGCUGUUAUAUUCGAAAAAGUGAAGUUGCUUCAGCAGAGGUUCCCUUCGAUACAGGUUAUUGGUUUCCAGGAUUGCAUUUCAGUUUGCUCUGCUGAUGAUCGAAGUCAACUUAUUCAGUUGAUAAUGGAAGAAUACAUUAGUUUUCCUGUUUUGUUUUCAAACAAAAACUUUUCUAAGUUGACAGAGGAGGCAUGCUUCAUUUUGUCUAAAGAUUUUAAGAACUCUCUAGUUUUCCAUGAGAAGGACCUGGAUAUAGCAAUGCUUAACAAAGCCAUUGAAGAGUUAAGUGUACAAUACCAUGUCAAUAAUAUUGCACUUCAUAAAAGUUCGUGGUCAAAAGAAGCUGAGAUCAUUAAGGAACCCCAUUUUUGCACUGUCCUGCAGAAUUUACUUCUUUACUUCCCUGCAUGCAUCUCAACUGAUGAAAGUGGCAAGCGCUUGUUCCUUUCUGACAGCAAUCAUCAUCGGAUAAUUAUAUUUGAUGGUGAUGGGAAGAUUUUAGACUGUAUUGGUUCUUGCCCAGGUUUUGAGGAUGGUGAAUUCGAGUCAGCAAAGCUGCUUCGCCCAGCUGCUUCCUUUUAUCAUGAAACUGAAGAUUGCCUUUAUAUUGUAGAUUCGGAGAAUCAUGCCAUCAGGAGAGCUGAUUUGGAAAGGAGGGUUUUGGAAACAGUUUAUCCGACAUCUAGCAUCCACAAGAAAAGUACUGGUUUGUGGACCUGGAUAAGGAGUAAGCUGGGUUUUACCAGCGAUGAUGAUGUGAAAUUUGAAGAGCAUGAUUCCCCUUCACUAAUGUGUCCUUGGCAUCUGAUAAAGACUGAGGAUAAUUUUUUAAUUAUCAGUCGAAGCUUUGAAACAUUAUGGGUUAUGGAUUUUGAAUUGGGAGAGGUUAAAGAAGUUGUCAAAGGAUUUCCAAAUACUUUGGAGUUCUGCAGACACUUCAUCUUGGAGAAAGUGUCCCUCUUGAAAAAGAUGCCAGAUUAUCUGUUGCAACAGCAAAGAGAUGCCAACUUAGCACGAGAGGGCCUUCCAUAUGCUGGUCUCAUAUCAUGCGUUACAACAUUCGAAAAUCACAUAAUCAUGUGUGACACUGUGAGUCAGGGAGUUCUUAAACUAAAUAGAGAAUCUGGAAUCAGUUCAAGUUUCCAGUUUUCUAAUCUCGGGAUGCUUGAACUACCUUAUUGGCUGUCCUUCCCUCUGGAAAGCUUUUAUGCUGUUGCCACUGGACUUUCUGUCAGACAAACCGAUCAUAUUCAGCAAUUCAGUUUGUUGCCAGGUAGGGUUGACAUCCGGUUAAGCAUAGACAUCCCCACAGACACUGAACUUGUGGAACCUUUGCAUGAAAGUUGCAUAUGGUGCCAAGCAAGGGGCGCUGCUACUCAGUUAUCGGUGGUAGAGAAUGUCGCAGGAUCCUCAGAGAAGGUUGGUGUUGCUCAACAAUGGUAUGAUGAACUCGACAACCUUGCCUUUUGGGCACCUGAAUCAAAACUGGUAGUCGAGGAUGAGAAUGCUACUAUGGACACAAAUCCUGAAGAUGAGAGGAUGCAUAUUGAUUGUGUUGUUAAUACAAGCCCCGGAACAAGCGAGGUUAUAAUUUAUGCAGCACUAUAUCUAAAACUUAGAAGAAAUCAUGCUUUACAAGAUGACAACGAUCAAGAGAAAUUUGCAGCAAGGAUAGCAAAUAUUUUGAACCCUAAGGAAAAUGAAAGGUUUGAUGGCAAAUCUUGCACCAAGUUCUUGCUAAAAUCUAACAGAGAUUUGAGAGAUCUCUUUUUCAUAAAACCUUUGCAUGUAAGAAUAAAGUUGAAUUCUCAAGAUCACCCAAAAGCUGAUAACUCAAAGGACAUUGUCUUAACAGACUCCUCCCUUAAUAUUGAUGUAUCCUUGAACUGAAGGCCAUGAUUGUUGAUGCUGCCAUAUUGUUGUAAUUUACCAUAUAAUUUUGGUUUGGAAAUUUAAGCAAUAAUCUCUUCA